UCUAGGGUAAAUUAUAGAUGAAACCUAAUUCUAUCAAUUUGUUAUCGCUCUCAGAGUACGGCUUUACUACUAAGAAGAAUCGUAAACAAGAAAAGAAAAUUAUUGUACCCAAUGACAAUACAAGUACUAUCCUUACAGGUAGUACAAAGCAUAGCAAGCUUGAUAAUUAUGGAGAGGAGACUAAUUACACCAAUCAACUGCGUAAAGUUCAGAAGGAAGUACAAACCAGAAGAAAUAGCUUCCAGCUCCUAAGUAACAGGAUCAAACUUCUAAAAAAAGAAGACGGACGAAUCAAGAAGAAAAUUGAAGCUGUUCACAAAAGAGCAGAGUCUUUGGUCCUCACACAAAAGUCUGCAGAGCAAAAAUUCAUGAAGAGGCUAGAGCUUAAUACUAUGGCUGAUAAGAUGUCCAACCUUAGGUACGAUCAAACUCAGAAAAAGAGGCAACAACUGAACCAAGUCAAAGGCAUUCACAGGCAGAAUAUUAGGAACUCAAAUAGCCUCAUCGGAGACCAAAUCAGAGAAAUGUUAAGAGAAGGAAGAAAGCAGAAAUAAUAUCUACAAGUCACAAGUAGUAAAACAGAAAAAGUUCUUAGUCAAGCAGCUUCAGGCUCAGCAGCAACAGAGACGUAUGAAGUUAGAGAACCUUAAAUAACCAAAAAGAAGAGAUAUUCUUGGCCGCUCAUAAGAUAAAACUGGAGAAGGAAGAACUCAAGCUUGAGUCUAUAGAUAGAAAGACAAGGAAAUUCGAAAAGAAAGAGAAGAUCUUCUUCGAUAAACUUAGUAACACAAAGCAGAUGGAAAGCAAGGCAUAUGAGUUACUACAAAACUGACUGAAUACUUCUAUACAGAGCCAAAAGAAAAGACUCCUCUUUAAAAGGAAGAAUAACCAAGUCAAGAGAGCAUGGCAAGUUAACAUGAAGAAGAACCAUUCCCAGAUCCUUGGUUAUAUGUCACUCGAUGAAGCACUCAAAAGGGUAACUUUUCAAUAAGAUCUCGAAAAA